AUGCAGGAGGGCCCGCUGCUCAACGUGACGGAGGGGGUCUCUUUGCACCUGGUGAUCGUCGUGUGGUUCGAUGCCGAGUUCGGGUCCACCAGCGCUGCUCUCCGUGCUGCGGAGGCGUACCUGUGGCCGCGUCUGUACUGGCGCUGCUGCAAGCUCAACUCCGCGACGAACGCGGCUAAUCAUGGGCGGUUCUGCCGCUGCUGGCCGGUCUUCUUCUCUCCCCACAUGGUAUUGGAUAUUGUUUUCCUGCUCGCCUCGGCGACCUGCCUGGGCAGCGCCGACGCCCUAGGCGCCGUCGCCAUCGCCCUGCGGGUGCUGCUCGCGUUCCUGAAGUUCGAUCUCCUGAGCCUGAUCAUCUACGCCAAGUCCGUGAUGAAGUUGAUGUUGUUGCUCUGGCAGGUUCGGAUGUCCAUGCGAUCUUCCAAGAAGUUUCCGGUGGUGUUGCCCACGGACCUCACCUUCGUGAUGAUUCUCGCGGCGGCGACGCUUCCCGACAUCCAGCGGGUGACGCUCGCGCUCCUGAUCUCCGUGAUCCUGGGCCUGACCCUCCACGCCAAGAGCGUGCUGAAGUUCAUGGUGCCGGGCGACGGGCCGCGCAGCCGUACUGGGCCGGCGUGCCGGCUCUUUCCUGCGUGCGCCCGCGAUGUGGCGGCCGUCGACUCGGCCAUCUACCCCCGCGCUGACGCCCGGGGUUUCAACGCAGAGCGCGUGCGCUGGACUGCGAGGUCAGGUGGCCGUCGCGGCCAGCUCGAUGGCAGGAGCUACGAAGAUGAGCUGCUCGACCUGUUUUGCGAGACGGACGGAUCGGCCCCUGGCCUCUUGGCGCAAGCCGACGCGGCUCUCUGCCCGCUGCAGGUCACUCCAGUGAGGAGGACGUCCUUCGCGGCGAACGUGGUGAAGAGCAGCGCCUGCGCCGUGGGCGACGUGGGCGAGACCGUGAUCCCGAGCACGAAGCUGAAGGCAGGCGAGGCCUUCGACAGCGCCCUGGUGACGGAGCUCGCGGCGGGCACGCAGUUCGAGGUCGUGGAGGUAGGCUCGCUGCCGAACCGCAUCCGGGUGACAACUUCCGCUGGCCACGCCGGCUGGAUCAGCAAGGCCACGGAGCAGGGCAGUGUGAUCGUGAAGUGGGUCCGCAAGCGCCGCACCAGCUUCCAGCAGAAGGACUUUGAGCGGAAGACCACCGAGGACAAGGAUAGCAUCCAGUUGCAAACGGGGCUGUCUGGGUUGUCUGUGGGCGAUGUGUGCGAGACCGUCAUGGACAUGACGACCCUCCGCGAAGGCGAAGAUUUCAAGAGCAACGCGGUGGGGCAGAUCCCACAGGGCACGCAGUUUGAAAUCGUCAGCGUGGCACCAGCGAACAGGGUGAAGAUCAUCGUGCCAGACACGGUCCUGGAAGGCGGGGCCGUCGGCUGGAUCAGCUCCCACACGGACACGGGCAGCAAGCUGUUCAAGCUGAUCAGGGCGGGGCCGAAGAAGAGGCAGUCCAGCUUCAACCUCACGAAGAACAUGUCCAUCCCGCUGGGCCAGGCGCCGCAGAAGGCCACCGUCGAGGCGGCGCCCCCCGGCAUGCGGCGCUCGCUCCUGCCCGUGCCGGCCCCCUCGGAGAGGCCGGCCCCCGCGGAGAGGCAGCUGGCGGCGGACCAUGCGCGCCGCUCGGAGACGCCGGAGGACGACAGAGUAGCGCAGGAGGCCCCGGACGCCAAGGCCAGGGCCAGGGGGGAGGCCGCCGCGGCGCUGCGGAAGGGGGCUCAGGCGGCGCCAGGGCCCGCGCCGGCGGCGCCGUGGUGGGCGCCGCUGGUGUGCUGCGGCAAGUGAUCGCCGCGAGGGAGUGACAGCCGAACCAGGCGUUAUAGGGAGGGACCCAUUUCGCAAGGGUGCCUUGCAUCCUUCGGUUCUGGCUGGCCAUCCUCAGCACGGUUUCGGCUUGCCCAGCCCAAGGUUACUCUCGCGGGCGCGCGCAUGCUUGCGGGCGCGCGCACGUUUCAAAGUGUCUUGCGCCCAUCAGCUCCAUCCUCAUCGUUGAUUGCGACUAUAUGUUUCCCGCCAGUGAGGAAGGAAACGUUUCUCGUUGCGUUGCUGACUGAUCUUGCUUUGCCUCAGCCGUGCGAGCUCGGCUGGGGUACUCAAGUAUCCUGCCGCGUUAACAGCAGUGCAGGAACGGCGCGGCACUGUUUGAAGAUUCGGAGCGAGUAUCUUGCACGGCCGUAAGGGCCUGCUUGGAUCUGCCUGCUCGGCGCUGCGCCGACUCUGAAUGCGCACGCUGGACGUUAACUGGCGAAGUUUUUGGUAUCUGGCCCAGGCACUUUUGAAGGGUGCACCUGUUUGACGGGCGCACCUGCUUAGGCACGCAUCGGUGGCGCCGAAGAGCGGGCUGAGGACUCUGUGCGUGUGCGUGUGCGUGUGCUUGCGUGCGUGCGUGCGUGCGCGUGUGUGUGUGUGUGUGCGUGUGUGUGCGUGUGUGUGUGUGUGUGUGUGUGUGUGUG